GCUCGAGCCGCCGACCCUGACCGGCCGGCCGGCCGUCGGCCCGUCCCGCCUCUGGUCAUCGGAGCGGAACACCAGGGGAGGACCGGCAGGGCAGGGGAGGCCCAUCCCCGGCCGGUUGGUCAGAAUUGUAGCUGUGAAUCCAGUUUUAAUAUGCGAGUAGCUGGCUGCUGAGCCACUAUGUCUGGAUGGGCGGCCGGCCCCAGCGGUCGGACCAACAGUCUGAGCGGCGCUGCCGGCGCUACGGGAGCGUCCAGCCCCAUCCUGGUCGAUGACGACUCGAGCGGCGAGGAGGGCAGCAGCGUCUGCCCCAUCGUCAUCCCAGACACGUGGAAUGGCACCACCAUCAUGCUGCCGGCGAUGGGCGAUCAGGCGCCGCGCAGUACCAGCCCCAUCAUCAUUCCCGAGUCGUGGAUGGGUCGGCCGCUGCUGCUGCCGACUCGGCCUCGGCGCCGCCGGCCGCGCGGACCCAGGACCGCCACCACUACCACCACCGCUGCAGCUGCCCCUGCGCCCGCUGCCGCCGCCAGACCACUGCGUCCUACCGCUACACCCGCGGAUAUAUCGCGUCCCAACGCGCCGGUCCCGCCGGUGCGGCAGCCUGCUGCAGGACAGACACAGUGCGGCCAACCCGGGCCGACCACACGGUCUACCACCCCGACUACAAUCGCUGCGGCUGCCGCGGCGGCGAUGGCGACACGCGCCUCGUCACAGCCGGGACGGGGACGCGGUGCGCGAAGAGGCCGCGGUGCCCGCUCACAGACACCGACGGCGUCUGGACGUGGGCGUGGACGAGGCCGCGGCCGCGGCGCCAGGGGUGGUCGCGGAGCCGCGGCAGCAGCGGCGAGAGCGCCUGGCCCCGAUCCAGCUCUGCUGGAUAAGGUGAAAUCCCUGGUGGCUGGUAUCACAGCGGGAACGGAGGGGCUGCGGCGGAGCCUGCCGGGUACACCGAGCCGCGAGGAGCCGGUCCCCGGGCCGAGUGGACUGCAGGCCGGCUACGUCCAGGGUGUAGCUCAGACUGCCGCAAAGGCUGGCGUCAAAACCGCAACGGAUCAGAAGACCGGUGUAAAAAGCGAGUUCGAAAAGAAGGUGGCUGUCAAGAACGAGAUGGUGGCCAAGGCGGGUCUGAAGGCGUCGCCUCCAUCCGGGCAGAGUCGCCAGGCGAGCUGCCGUCCAGCCUCGCCGGUGGCCGGACCGAGCCGCGGCCGGGCCGACGGCGCCGACCUGCCGUCGACGGCCGGCGGCGGCGCGGACGUCACGUUCGGCGUGCUGUUCUGCGCGGCGGUGGGCCUGCAGUACUACCCGGGUCUGCUCACGGUCGGCGGCCGGCCGGUACGGCUGCUGCUCUCCGGCGCCCCGGCCUCCUCCGGCUCCCGGCGGGACAUCCGGCUGGUGACCGAGCGCGGCCUGACCUGCGCCCACCUGAGCCGGCCGGCCGCCGGCGCACUGGCGCCCCUGCUCGAGGCCGGCCUGGUGCGGCUGGAUGCCGCCUGUGUGGACCAUGAUAACAGCACCGCCGCGCUGGAGGUGACGGUACGCGGCCGCGAGGCAGACCGCCGCCACGUCUGCGACCGGCUCAGAAGCAUGGGCUUCGAGCUGGAGGAGCCGUCGGCGCCGUCACCGCCGUCGCCACCCGUGCCGGACGACCUGUUCUGCCCGGUGAAGCCGGGCCGCGCGCCGGACCCGGACCGCACCCUGGUGACACCGCGCGACCCGCAGCAGGCGGUCAGUGAGCGCUGGGCGGCCGUGCAGCGCUCCCUGAAGGAGGUAGAGCCGUGUUCUGCCGUGGCCAGUCGGCUCUACCCGCACCAGAAGCAGGCGCUCGGAUGGAUGAUGAAGCGCGAGUCGAGCGGCGCGGUGGCCGAGGGACCGGACGCCGUCUGCGGUGGCAUCCUCGCCGACGACAUGGGCCUUGGCAAGACGCUCCAGGUGAUCUCGCUGAUCCUGACGCACUUCAAGGCGGGGAGGCCUCUGGCGGUGCCGGUGCCGUGGAAACGCCGGGCGGCGCCGGCCGCCCUGGCGCUGCCGCCCCCGCCCAAGCCGAAGGCAGUAUCGCUGGGAGGUCGGCCGUCACCGAAAAUCGACUGGAGCAGCUUCAGACAAAGGUUAAGGCAGGCCUGUGAGGAAUCGUCCAACGUCAAAGCGGAGCCGGGCUCCGACAUGUUUUCACAGUCCGAGGAAGUUGUUGUAACAGAUCGGAAAAGCCGCAUCAAGAGGAAGCCCGUCCGCUACAUCGACUCGAGCGACGAGGAGGAGGAAAAGGUGGACCUGAAGCGCGUCAAGGCCGAGGCGACAGAGAGACCGAGCAAAGCGUCCACUUCGGCGGCCGGGUCUUCGGCCACGUUCGUGACGGUAGACUCGGACGAAGACUUCCUCCCCGAUGAUGAUGACCCUCGGGGUCAGUCCGGCGGCGCCAACGCUGUGCUCAUGAAGGCGACUUCGGGCUCGGGUACCACCAACACCACCAGCCUCGGCAGUGGGGACUUCAUCCCAGUGCCGCCGUCCUACUGCGACAGUGACGGCCGCAGCGGCUGGCGGGGACCGCGCACCACGCUCAUCGUCUGCCCGCUGUCCGUGCUCGACAACUGGGAAACCCAGCUGGAGCAGCACGUGCACAAACACGUGCACCUGCGCGUGCGCAGUUACCACGGACCAAAGCGCACGGCCGCCGACCUGGAGGACGCCGACAUUGUGCUGACCACGUACGCCACUCUGGGCCGCGCGCUGGACCACGGAGAUGACAGCCCGCUGCUCUGCAAACACUAUCUGCGCGUGGUGCUGGACGAGGGGCACACGAUCCGCAACCCGCGCUCGCUGAUGGCGCGCGCCGCGUUCGAGCUGCGAGCCGAGCGACGCUGGGUGCUCACCGGUACACCGGUGCAGAACCGGCUCAAGGACCUGUGGUCGCUGGUACGCUUCCUGCGUCUGGAGCCAUACGCCUCGCAGCGGCCGCUGUGGCGUAUGAUGCUGGAACAGCCGGUGAUGCGCGGCAGUCCGGACGCCGUCGAGCGGCUGCAGACGCUAAUGGCGUCGAUCGCGCUGCGCCGGCUGAAGGAGCAGAAGGUGGACGGCCGGCCGAUCGUCUCCCUACCGGCGCGCAACGUCUACGUCCAGCACGUGACGCUGGAGGGCGAGCAGCGGCGCCGCUACGACACGAUGGAGGAGCAGUGUCGCCGCGGCGUGGCGCGCUUCAUCCGCGACGGCACCAUCGUGCGCCGCCAGGUGCAGAUCCUGGUGAUGCUGCUGCGGCUGCGCCAGCUGUGCUGCCACCCGCUGCUGGUGCCGGCGCACGACCAGCCGCUGCCUGAAGAGGACGAGGAGGGGGGAGCCGGGCCGUCGGCAGAGGAAAUCGGCCCAGAGGAGCGGCAGCGGCUGGUGGCCGCUCUGACAGAGAUGCUGGGCUCCGGGUCCGACGAGGAGUGUCCCGUCUGCUUCGAGCCGCUCCGGCAGCCCGUCAUCACCGUCUGCUCGCACGUGUUCUGUCGGCCGUGCGUGGGCCGUUUGCUGGACGCGGCGGCGGGCCCCCGACCGGCGGCGGCGCCCGACCCGCAGUGUCCGCUGUGCCGCGGCCCCCUGCGCGCCGGGCAGCUAGUGGAGGUGCCUGAGGAGGAGCAGAAGGCCGACCAGGCGGAGAAGAAAGGCGAGGAGGAGGAAAUGCCUGCUGAUGAUGUCAUGAGCGCCAAGAUCAACUCCCUGAUGGAGGGUCUGCGCGCCAUGCGUGCCGAGGACGCGUCCACCAAGGCGCUGGUGGUGUCCCAGUUCACCAAGCUGCUGGACCGGCUGGAGGCGCCGCUGCGGGCCGCCGGCCUGGUGUUCUGCCGGCUGGACGGCACCAUGUCGCUGCCGGAGCGGCGGCGCGCCAUCGCGCAGCUGUCGCAGACGACCGCCGGCGCGCCGUCCGUGCUGCUGCUGUCGCUGCGCGCCGGCGGUGAGGGCAUCAACCUGACGGCCGCCUCGCGCGUCUUCCUGCUCGACCCGGCCUGGAACCCAGCCAGCGAGGAGCAGUGCUUCGACCGGUGCCACCGGCUGGGCCAGACGCGGCCCGUCACCAUCGUCAAAAUGGUGGCCAAGGACAGUGUCGAGGAGCGUAUGAUGGAUCUGCAGGAGAAGAAGCGCCAGCUGAUGACCAGCACGUUCGGAGGUGUAGGUCUGACCGCUGAACAGCGCCGGGUGCAGUUCAUCAACGAUAUGCGCACACUGUUCAACCUGUGAGCGGGUGAAGCAGUGCUCGGGGCUCAGUGUCAGACGGUGGUUGUGUCGGAGGCUCGCCCCCGAACGACUAGGGCUGUGUAUGGGAGUGCAGAGGCUCGUCUGUAUCGAGGUGGAGCGAUCAGCUACACGGCACUGCGCGGAGUGGGUGAAGUAAUCGUCGGCUGUGACUGCUGCUCGAUAUGUAAGUGCCAUCGGCCAGGAAAGACUCGUUAGUGGGUGUAGGGACAAGCUGCCGAGUUGUAGAGCUAGUGUUUGCUUAGUUGUUGCGUAAUUUGUGGACCACCACGAGUUUGUAAAUUGUUUGAGGUAGAUUACGCAAUAAGAUGGAUUGGUAUGGGCCGUCGGAGCUGUUUCACCCUAGCCCUCCUGUGCUCUCCUGAGCCCUCCUGUGCUCUCCUGAGCCCUCCUGUGCUGUGCUAUGUCCCGAUUUCUCGCUGAUCUAUGUGGUUGGCCAGCAAUAUGCAGGCUACAAUGUCGCUCUAUUCCAUUUAAAACGUUCCAGAUGACACGUUGACCGCUUGGUUAGUGUCUGUCAACCGUGGAUGAAUGAAGUUUUAAUUCAGUGCGUAUUAACAGAGAGUUCUUGGUUCAACAAUCUUUAUCUUCUCGUCCUAUGAUGCACUACGCUUCUAGAAUAUCAAUAAUCCACCAUAGCUGCCUGAACUGUUCAAAUCACUUCCGACGAAUAUUGUGCCUUGCUGUUGUCUCAGGAUAGGAACCUGCCCGAUCAAGGAUGUUUUUCAUGGUUAUUUAACCGAGCUUGUCGUUGUUGGUAAUAUACCUUACGGUAUU